AUGGCUUACCAGCUGCAACAGCAGCAGUAUCCUGUGCCGGGUCAAAGCUCGGGUACAGGCGGAUUUUAUUUCUUGAAUCCUCAAUUUGGGGACACUACUUUCACUAAAAUUUUUGUUGGAGGGUUGGCUUGGGAGACUCAGAGUGAGACCAUGAGACGCUAUUUUGAGCAAUUUGGGGAGAUACUUGAGGCUGUGGUCAUCGCUGAUAAAAAUACGGGUCGAUCCAAAGGAUAUGGGUUUGUCACUUUUCGGGACCCUAAAUCAGCCCGAAGAGCGUGCACAGAUCCGACUCCCAUUAUUGAUGGGAGGCGUGCAAAUUGUAAUUUGGCAUCACUUGGGAGACCUCGUCCAGCGAUUCCUUUUGGGCGCCUUAGAUCUCCGACACCUUACCUUGGAGGCGUACCGGCAGCUAGGGGUGCUUAUCCUGGAAGUUAUGGCUUCCAGCAACCAGUUGCAUAUGGAUUUCAACAAGGCCUGAUGUAUUCUCCUUAUGGGCAUACUGCUUACAGUCAAGAUUAUGCUUAUCCACAGGGUGUUUACAACCCAUAUGGAGGUCAACAAUUCCUUCAGAUGUAUAACGUGUUUGGAACAAUCGGCACAAACAUGUAUCCUUCAUUGCUAGGAAUUGCAAUACCUGGACAUCAAAUAGUGCAGUUUGGUGGGCCCAAUGCCAAUGCAAUAACAACAUCAUCUCUUCAAACUAUUCCAGCACCAUAUCCUGCAGGUAAAUAUCUUUGUGCUACCCCGCAACAGCCACAAUUCAUUCUACCUGCACAUAAUCUCCAAUUCAUGCCGAGUGGCGGUUCUGACCAAAAUGCUGGAUGA